AGGGAGUACGAUGAAGUGUGUGCGUUUGUGCGUGCGCGCGCGCGUGCGUGUGUGAUAGUGAAGGGGAGUGAGGAGACGCUCACAGGCAAAUGCUGGCAGAUUUUUUUCUUCACUGUGCUGUGAAGAACUAGCUGAAACUCACACUUCAUGUAGUAACACUGUGUUACUGUUAUCUCAUCCCUAACCAUGAGGAGCAGUCGGAGCAUCAUCUAGCCUAGACCCCGUCUAUCAGUUUACCUCAGGAACGAGAGAGUUGGCGAUACAUCUCCAUUCUGCGGAUGAUUCGUUUGCGUUCUGCAUUUCUCUUCUCCAUUGCAGAUGUGACGGGUGGGAUGAGUGAUUUUACAUCUCGUUGGUUUCCACUGCAGCAUGGGAACUGCCGUGUCCAAGAAGAAGAAUUUGAGGAAUGAUGCGAUUUCUUCUGUUGCCGCAAAAGUUAGAGCAGCCCGUGCAUUUGGAGAAUACCUUUCUCACACGCACCCUGAGAACCGCAACGGAUCAGACCAUUUGCUUUCUGACACCUUCACUGGUCAAGACACGGACUCUCCAGACAUCAGCCGACUAAACAACAACAACAGCCUCCAGCCGUACUCUCAUCACACCCUCAUAGUUAAACCCCUUCAAGAAAAGCCAGGUAGCCACCCCACCGCUCUUUCUACUACCUCCAAGCGUCGUCUCUUCACAGAACGCAGUCUUUCUUCUGAGGACCAGCCGAGGAGGUGCACAGAGAACUCGUUGAAACCAGCACGCGUCUACACUAUUACCAGAGAGCGAGAUAUGCUUGGCGGAAAGGGAACCGAGGAGAGCUUGGAACUGGAAGUGUUAAAGAGAACCGGCGAGCCAUCGCGUACCAACGCUCCUUCUAACAUACGUGGCAGCCAUCAACGUGGAAACAAUAGCCACAACCAUCAACAUCACUCUGGCCACGCCCCUCUGACGCAACCAUUGCAGAGCUCAGGGAGCGCCCAUAACAUCCGGGACUGGGGAUCUAGGCGGAGCAGGUCAAGGGAGGACUGCACCCCAGAUUGUGUGGCCUGCAUUCGACCACACUGCCAGAGCCAGCGUUCUUUGGACCUUGAGACCUCAACACAUGACGGUGGCAAGCAUCACAAGAAGCUGGAGAGGAUGUACAGUGAGGACAGAGGGUCAUCUGAGGACAGAGAGGAUCAUGCCAACAGUUGGUUCCCUAAAGAAAACAUGUUCAGCUUCCAGACUGCGACCACCACAAUGCAAGCGGCAUUCCGGGGAAUUGCAGAGAGAAAGAGGAGGAAAAGAGAGCAAGAGGCCACCGCACUGAUAGAGAGAAACUUCCGAAAGCACCUGAGGAUGGUGGGCAGCAGGCGGGUUAAGGUCCAAACAUUUACUGAUCGCAAAGCGAAGAGCUUUAGCCGCUCCUGGAGUGACCCCACCCCUGUCAAGCCCGACUCUCUUCAUGACUCCAGAGACAGUGGAGACCUUCAGGCAUCAUCUGGGAAUCUGGAUGAGGAAGACUGUGAUGAUGUAGACUGGGAGGGAGAGAAGGAGAUGGAAAGAGCGGCAUGCGAGGGUGACGAUUUCAUCCCACCCAAAAUCAUGCUAAUUUCAUCAAAAGUACCAAAGGCAGAGUACGUACCGAACAUCAUCCGCCGGGACGACCCGUCCAUAAUCCCUAUUCUCUACGAUCAUGAACAUGCAACCUUUGAUGAUAUAUUAGAGGAGAUUGAAAAGAAGCUCGCCGCCUACAGAAAAGGCUGCAAAAUCUGGAACAUGCUUAUUUUCUGUCAGGGAGGUCCAGGCCAUCUGUACCUACUGAAGAACAAGGUGGCCACGUUUGCUAAGGUAGAGAAGGAAGAAGACAUGAUGCAGUUUUGGAAGAAACUUGGCAGAUUUAUGAGUUUAUUAAAUCCCGAGCCAAACCUCAUCCAUAUUAUGGGCUGCUAUGUGCUUGGAAAUGCUAAUGGGGAAAAGCUUUUUCAAAAUCUCAAGCGACUGAUGAAACCUCGAAUCAUUGAAUUUAAGUCUCCUCUGGAACUAUCAGCACAGGGUAAGGAGAUGAUCGAGACGUACUUCGACUUUCGCCUCUAUCGUUUGUGGAAGAGCCGCCAACACUCCAAACUUCAUGAUUACGACGACCUUCUGUGACAUUCUGGCAUCGGUUUAAGAAGCCUGAGAGGCAGGUAGCUUAUACUUUAGGGCCCACGUGCCAACAUUCUCUCCCAAACGAGCCCGGGCAAUGUCCUGAGGUGGAGGAUGGAGAAUGAUUAGGAUGGUGGCUGACAUUGAGAAGAUGUCCACCCUCAGAUGUAACAGGAAGGGGGUUAGGUGCCGUAUGUUCACCCCGUCCAUUUGAGCGUUCGGCCAACGAAUGAAAGAGGAACUUUCGGUAGAUAACGCAAUCUUACCUUUUAGCCUUUGUGAAGGUGUAGUACAUGUUCUUCGAUUUUUGUGGGAUAAACAAAAACUGCGAUGGGAAGAUGGAAAUAUAGUUUUACUAUUUUAAGUAGCUGUGGUAGUUGUGUUAAACUAGCAGGAAUGGCGAUACAGCGAUCAUUUUUCGAACAUGUUAUUCACUACAAGUGCAGGUAACCUGUGGAACUACGUAUCUGUUGUUUUUACACAUCCACUCUAUAAAAUAACUAAUGUAAUUUAAUGUUAGCAUAAUAAUAUUGCACAUUUUAGUUUUUAAAGUACAGUAAUGUUUUUCUAGGAUUCUUGAAAGGAAGAAAAACUCAGGUUUCUUUUUUUUUACUGACAUUCUUCUGUAGACGAGAGACAAAGAGAACGAAAGAAAAUAGGUAGGAGAGGAAAGAUUUGUUUUUUUACUCGACAGGAAGUUGUUUAGUAGUUACCUGAGUGGGUUUAAAGUAAAACUUAUAAUUGCUGUAUCUGUAUCAGGGGCUUUGUGUAAGUUUUCUGUAGAUUAAGUUUGCAGAUUCAUUGUCUACAUUAACAUAAAUGAAUUGUGUAAUCAUGUGUAAUGUUAACGCAGUGCUUAUUAUUAUAGACUGAUCAGUUUUGUCCUGUGGUGUCCUCCAACAUUUAAAAACUUCAAACGUUUUAAAUAUUCUUGAGCAGACAUCGAAUAAGACUUUAAAUAAUAAUUUUGUUUAAAUAUAGACUACAGUAGAAUAAUUGCGUCAUUAUAUUUCUCUAGCUGUGUUUUGUCACGUGCAUUUAUGUAGUUAGUGUUAUUUCACAAGCACUUCUCAAACUAUUUGGUCUUUAAUAGCACUAGCAUCCCUGUUAUAUGGUGUUUUCUCUGUAGAUGGAGACAAACGAAUCAUAUUAGUCAAAGUGCAAUAUUUAAAAUAGUAGUAAUAGUAGUACUUAAUGUUACUGUAAACACGUUCAAAUAUCAAGGUUAGCUUUUCACAUUGCUUUUUAAAAAUAGUAUACAAGAUAGUACACUUAGACUCUAAAGAAGGAGGAUAUGUUCUCUACGCUCUCGAAUUUAGUGUGUGGGUGUUUUUGGACGCGCCAAAUAGAUAACAAGAUAGAUCGGUAGAUGGUUGUUCUUUAAUGGUGGAUGUUCGAGUGCCAGCAGCUGGUACAAAAACAGUCCAAGACAUCUAACAACAGGAGGAGAAACAUUGCAAUAUGUGUUGGCAGCAAGCAGAAAAGAUAUUUACUACACGCCUGAAUUCGUGGGGUGUGUGCGUCUUUGUUUGUAAGAAUGAGUUUAAAGAUGUGGAAAAGGGCACUGAGAUGUGAUUUCAUGCAUCUGUGUUUGUCUCGUGUUGAGCCAUUGUACUCUUUUCAUCUUAUGAACAGAAAAUCAAAUAAAGCAUAAAAGCAAAUCUGUGUAUCUGUAAGUCCAUCAGGGGAAUGGAUUGUGUUCAGUUGUGAUAAGAUCAAAACAAUUCAACCUUUACUGAGGAAAUCAAAGAUUUGUGCUUUAUGUCUUUAGAAUUUGUGUAAUACAAUUGUUUCAUUGCAUCAUAUAUGGUUCAAAAGCUUUGUGUUAUGCCUUUCAGGCUCAUUUAAACUCAUAAAACCAUGCAAUAUAUAUAUAUAUAUA